AAUUCUUUAGAAUUCUCUCUCUUCCCAAACAUUUUCAAAACCCCCUCCUUGCAUAUUUAUAAGAAGCCCCUCCCCUUCUUUCUUUAUCUCCCUUGUAACAAUCCAACUCUCUUUCUCCCUAUCCCAACAAUCUCACUCAUACCUCUUCAAUCUAACAAACUUAAUUUCUUUUGUUUUGAGUUUCUUAGAGAAUGGAUGAAAAAGGAGCAAGAAGUAGCAACACCCUUUUAAGUUGUGAGGACGAGAUGGACCUUCGAAGAGGCCCUUGGACCGUCGAUGAAGACCUCACUCUUAUCAAUUACAUUGCCACUCAUGGCGAAGGUCGCUGGAACACGCUCGCCCUCUCUGCUGGGCUGAAACGAACGGGGAAGAGUUGCAGAUUGAGGUGGCUGAAUUAUCUGCGUCCUGAUGUUCGACGUGGAAACAUCACACUUGAAGAACAACUUUUGAUUCUGGAGCUUCAUUCUCGCUGGGGAAACCGUUGGUCGAAAAUUGCUCAAUAUUUGCCUGGUAGAACCGACAACGAGAUAAAGAACUAUUGGAGAACCCGUGUCCAAAAGCAUGCCAAGCAACUCAAAUGUGACGUGAAUAGCAAGCAAUUCAAGGACACCAUGCGUUACCUUUGGAUGCCAAGGCUCGUGGAACGCAUUCAAGCAGCGGCGACGGCCCCCGUAACCACCACCGUAACUGCGGCCGCCACCAACAAUGCAUUCACCUACGGAAACAACCUUAAUAACAACAAAUUCGAGGUUCUGAAUCACAAGGGCAGAAUGGGGUUAACCGAUCCUUCAGUUGCGAACAAUGACUUUGUGGGUUCACAUGUCACGCAAAGUUACACUACUCCUGAGAAUAGUAGCACGGGUGCGUCAUCAUCAGACUCGUUUGGGACUCAAGUCUCAACAAUUUCUGAUUUGACUGAAUAUUACAGUGUCCCUGAAAAUACUAAUUCUGCGGAUUAUUAUCAACCCUCUCAAAUUAGUAAUUACUCGGAUAAUUGCAUCACAAGCCCAUCUGGGUUCUUGUUCCCUCAAGGACUAGAUCUUCAAUCCAUGGAUCCAAACACACCGUGGAACAUGCAAAGUGGGGACUCCUCUGACAAUUUUUGGGACGUUGAAAGCAUGUUAUUCUUAGAGCAGCAACUCAUGAAUGACAACAUGUGAAACAUUGGGAAUAGGAAAAUAAGACUUAGAUACGGUUCUUCUAAUAUUUUUUAGUGUUGUGUUUUAAUUAAAGUUAAAGUUAACACAAGUUAUUGAAGUGAAACUUUAAUUUUAAUUAAAUAAUAAUCCUGAAAACAAGAGUUGUAUUUAAGUUUUAUUCUUUUAUGUAUUAGUAUGAAUUAUGAAUUAGAUUGACAGAAGGGGCUGUUUGUGAAAUAUAGAGGUGAAAGUAGAAAGUAGCAACAUCGAAUAAAGUAUUCAUGUGUAGCACACACCUAGAAAUAUAGGAUAUCUAUGAUCGACAAAUAUCUGAAACUGUGGAUUAUAUAAGCAUAAAGAGAAGGAAUUGUUUUUUUUUUUUCAGCCUGUAGUUUUUUUUUUCUUUUUAAUUUAUUGUAAUGGAGGCGGUGAAAAGAAUUGUAACUAACUUAUCCUUUUUUUU